CCCACCCUGGAAGCUGAAACAAGUCUCUCCAUUUCCUUCUCCAGUCUUUCAUCUGGGCAAGGCUGGAAACUUCUCCCUGAGCAAACACACAGAGGAUUCACCCCAAGAGACAGGUUGAUCCUGCAGAGAUGGAUCCAACCCCCGAUCUGUAUGGGACCCCUGGGGACAAGCUGGACCACUUCCUGAAGCACAGCCUUCAGCCCCAGAGGGACUGGAAAGAGGAAGGGCAGGAUGCCUGGGAGAGAAUCGAGGGGUUCCUUCGGGACCAGUGCUUCCGUGAUGAGCUGUUUCUGGACCAAGAAGUCAAGGUGCUUAAGGUGGUGAAGGGAGGCUCCUCAGGAAAAGGGACAAUGCUGAACCACAGAUCUGACCAGGACAUAGUUCUGUUCCUGAGCUGCUUCUCCAGUUUCAAACAUCAGGUGAGACACCGAGAAUUCAUCAUCGACUUCAUUGAGGACAAGCUCCUUCACUGCAGGAGAAGCCUGGCGUACAAUAUCACUGUGGUUAAACACAGAGAGGGGAAUCGGACCCCUCGCUCCCUGACCUUAAAGGUCCAGCCCAGGAAGAGUGACUGCAUUAUUCGGAUGGAUGUUCUCCCAGCUUAUGAUGCUUUGGGACACCUUUCCCGAGACUUGAAACCAGCAUCAGAAAUCUAUGAAGAUCUAAUAAACAGCCAUGGCUACCCUGGGGAGUUCUCUCCAAGCUUCACAGAGUUGCAGAGGCAUUUUGUGAAAAGCCGCCCCGUGAAACUGAAGAACCUCCUUCGGCUGGUGAAGUUCUGGUACCUGCAGUACCUGAGGAGUAAAUAUAGAAGAGCAGCAUUGCCCCCAAAAUAUUCGCUGGAGCUUCUGACCAUCUACGCCUGGGAACAGGGUACAGAGAGCAGUGAAAACUUCAAUUUGGAUGAAGGGUUUGUCGCCGUGAUGGAGCUCCUCAGGGACUACCAAGACAUCUGCGUCUACUGGACCAAGUACUACAAUUUCCAAAAUGAGGUCGUCGGGAACUUUCUUAAACAACAGCUGAAGAGAGACCGGCCCAUCAUUCUAGACCCCGCUGACCCCACCAACGACUUAGGAAGUAAAAGUGGGUGGGACCUGGUGGCCAAAGAAGCUUCUUUCUGCCUGAGGCAGCCCUGUUGCUGGACUGAAGACCCCAGCGGGGGCUGGGAUGUACCGCGAGCAAGGGACGUUCAGGUGAUGGUAAAACAGACAGGGAGAGAAACAUGGAGCCUCUGGGCAGACCCCUACAGCCCCAUCUGGAAGAUGAAGGCAGAGAUCAAGAGAAAAAACGACAUCUCCGGGGAUCUACGCCUCUCUUUCCAGGAGCCUCAAGGGGAUAGGCUACUGCUCAGCAGCCAGAAGUCCCUUUCCGAUUAUGGAAUCUUCUCUAAGGUGACCGUCCGGGCGCUGGAGACCUUUCCUCCAGAGAUCCAGGUCUUUGUGAAGGAUUCCAGUGGCCAGAGCAAGCCUUAUGCCAUCGACCCUGAUGCUACCAUCUACGACCUGAAGAGGAAAAUUGAAGACGCUGUAGGGCUUUAUACAGAUGACCAGGUACUGAUGUUGGAGGACGAGGAGCUGGAAGAUGAUUGCAGCCUUGCAGAGCUACAGAUCAAAGACUGUGACACCAUCCAGCUCAGUAGGGUGAGCUAGCCCUAGUCCGCUGUGCAUGAUGUCAACACCUAUGGUCUUAUGCCUCUCCCCGCCUCAUCCUUUUACCCAGAUGCUGUGUUCUUUCUGUAGCCUAAAUAUCAACAUGUCCUUCUUUUGCUUAAAACCCUCCUGUGUUUUCCCAUACAUUCAGCAUGAAGUUCAAGUCUCUUUGCUUAAUAGCCAGUCUUUAGUAUCAUUAAGCUGAGCCCUCUUCCUUCUCCUUCCCCACUCAAAACGCACGGGUCUCCUGAAUACUCAAAACUCACACCAAUGCUGAGUCACACCUCCAUCACUUUGCGUCAGCUAUCCUUUCUCCCUGACCCAUGUUCUCAUCUUUCAAGACUCAGACUUGUAAGUCACUGAAUCUCAAAGUACAGACCUCAGAUUGACAGACUCACUGUCACUCCAGGAGCCUGUUAGAAAGGAAUAUUAGCCCAAGCCAGAUAAUCCACUGAGAUCAGGGUUCAGUGUCCUAACAAACCGUCCAAGUUAUUCUGAUGCAUGCUCAAGUGUGAAAACGACUCCUACACAGCCCAUGCAGCUGGCCAAGUCAUUUAAUGGUCAUAUUCUCUCUCUUCAUCCACAGUGGACUUCUGAGAAGGGAAGUGGGAUAUUAAUCACGUUGCUUUGUUAGCUCUAUCUCUCUAGUCUAUUGAGACUUGAUUUUUUUUUAAUUCCUUAUGCCUUGGCCCUUGUGGUCUAGAAUGGUACCAAUUCAGUGUAUAUGUUUGACAUGUGCCUGCUGAAUGAAUAAAUGAACCAAAGAAUGACGAUGAA